AGUAUUAAUGACUACCUGAAGCUCAGGUGGGACACAUGUGCCGUCAAAUCUGCUCUUGCAGUAUGUGAAAUGGACAUGGAGCUUCCUGAUGAAGUGUUCUACCAUCCCGUCAUCGUGGACCUGGUUGACUGCAUCACAGAGUUGUGUCUGAUCGACAAUGACAUGAUCUCGUACAACAGAGAGCAAGCGACUGGGGAUGGGAACCAUAACUUGAUAACUGCCAUCAUGUUGGAACUCAGUCUCGACAUAAACGGCGCGAUGUCUUGGGCGACACGCUAUCACGCCGAUAUACAAAAAAGAUUUAUCGAUGGUCUAGCGAAGGUACCUUCAUGGGGACCAUCCGUUGACGUCCUUGUCAAGCAGUUUAUUGAUGGGAUAGCAAUUUGGGCUCGUGCACAACAUUGUUGGAGUUUUGAGGCCCAAAGAUACUUUGGCACUAGGGGCCCAGAGAUACAGCAAACUAAGCUUGUCACAUUGUUGCCAAAAGUCAAGUGCAAACACACAUCUAUAGCGGCCAAGGUCAAUGUU